AUGGAGGGGGUGGCCCCGGUACUGGUGUCUCCUGAUGAUUUCGGCGAGGAGGGUAGGCCUGAUUCGGAGGCGACCCUGGAGGGGGAGGGGGAGACCUCUCCUCUUGCGGCGGACCUCCUCCACUCCCUUCCUGACGACAACGAGGCCGGCGACCAUCCGGUGAGGGAGUCCCAGACCCCUGCUGGGGUCACCACUAGGUCCAGGGGCACCCCCCCGAAGAAGCCGUCGACCGGGGUUCCGACGAAGAGCAGGUCGGCGUUGGUCUCCCGAGGUGGCGCCACUGCUCUGACGUCGACCGGUGCUGCUGCCGGACCGGCUACCGCGGCCUCAUCUACUCCUGGAACUCGCAAGUCGGCGCCCCAGGAUGAGAGGCCCCCGGGCUCCGCGCUCCUGAAGAGGCCAUGGGACUACGCCGCCAUGGACCAGCCGACGCUGGUGGAAAAGAAGAAGAGAGAGGGAGCGGCCACCCCCUCGGAGACCCAGCAGCCUGGCAUGGCCACACCUCCCCCGGCACAGAAGGGCGGCAACAGCCCUCGCGCCUCUCCGGCCCGGUCAUCCUCACGAGGCCCGGAGGAUCGUCCCCAGGAGAAGUCGACCUCCACAGCCCAGCCGGCUUCGGAGGCGCCCGUCCUCAGCUCGCCGGCCGAGUCUCUUUCGGCGCUGACCCAGCUUCAGGAUGACCUUCAAGGUGCUGACCAUCGCCUGGUGGUGGGGCGCCUGGAGCUGAUCUCAGGUUGGCUGCACUCCGACGCGUCUGUCGGGGCGGCGCUGGGCCAGGCCAUGGCAGCUUCCGAGAAGGACAAGCGGGCCGUUGACCAAGCUGCGGCCACCCGCGAGGUGGCGCUGAAGGAUGCCGAGGCCACCAAGGAGCGCUGCAGGGCGGUGGAAGUCGAGCUGGAGAACCUGCGCAAAGAACAGGCUGUUGUGGCUCGCCAGCUCGACGUGAGGGAGGAGAAGGUGAAGGCUCAAGAAGAAGCGGAUCCCAACGCCGACCUUGCUGUCCUGCUCGAGCCUGUGGAUGAGGAGCGUUGUGCAGCUGCUGCCAAGGCCGUGAAGGGCCAAGUGGAGGCCUUAGUGAAGAAGUUCCUUGCCAUCGACCCUGCGCCUCCAGCUGAUGGUGCCGCCGACCCCGUGACCAAGGCCAAUGACACGACUGAGGGCGAUGCUGCCGACAGGAAGGCGCUCCCUGACGAUGGUGCCCAAGGCUGA